AACCAAUAGCGAAGGUAAGGCGGCUUGUUUGACAUUUUUAGGCAUGUACCAAACCGUUGACGAUGCUACUGAUGAGAAACAAUGCUUUGUAUUCACGGAAUUUAAGCAUUAUGAUCAAGUUAUGGAUUUGAUAUCAUCAAUAAAGACAGAAGUGUUGGACCCAAACAAGGAAGAGAGCUUGGAGGAGACUCUUAUAAAAAUCUUUAGCCUUUAUCAAGAGCAGCCUCACCUUCUCGAUCCUUACCUCGAGAAAAUGAUAUCUGCUUGUCUAGAUGCUGUACAUUGUUCCACUUCAGAACCGAAAGUUUUCCACUUUGCCUUCAAGAUUCUGUACCUUAUGACGAGGACACGUGGUCACAAGGCUAUAAUCCGCCUGAUGCCACAUACAGUUGAUGAUAUAGAGCCAAAUUUAUGCCUUCUUAUGGAACAAGAUAUAAACAGCACAGAGAAUUGGCAGACGCGCUAUGUUCUUCUGCUGUGGUUAUCUGUCUUGGUUAUGGUCCCUUUCAGUCUAGACCGUUUAGAUUGUCCUGGUAAAAGGCCCAUUAUUGAGCGUGUGAUUGAAGUUGCGAAGCUGCACUUUGCACAGAAUAUGCCACCUCAAGAGGCUGCUGCCUUCCUCCUUGCACGUACGGUGACUCGACCAGAUGCAGUACAAGUGCAGCUGCCUUUAAUAAUUUCAUGGUCAGUUGAAAAUCUAAGUCGCUUUGAUGGUACCAAUAUGACCACUCUAAGACAAGUUCACGGAAUUCUCAGAAGUAUAGCUAAUAUAUGUAAACUCGGCCGUCGCACGGAACUUCUACCUCACGCCAACAAUCUCCUAGAUGCAAUACUUCGGAUGUCAACAGAUUCCUCCAAGGACAUUCUUCUGUGUCGCCUCAAGACGAAAGUUCUCCAGCGAAUCGGGUUGCUAUUUUGUCCACCUCUGAGUACGACUUGGCAAUACUGUCGAGGAUUUCGGUCAUUACAAGACAAUCUAGAACUUCGUUUAGUGGGGAAUGAUACAAAAAUAAAUCCUGGUUCUGUAAACGCUAUAGCAGUUAGUAACCAGUCGACAUAUACGAACUGCCAAAGUACUGUUGUCGAAAAUGAGGAUAAUUUAGCAAAUGGAAAUGCGGAGUUCUACAAUGUGGAUGAAGCUGCAGAAGUCAUUGAUAGUUUAAUAAGUGCAUUACGCAGUCCCUAUACUGAGGUUCGAUGGUCUGCAGCCAAAGGAAUAGGACGGAUAUGUGCUCGGCUACCUAGUUCAAUGGUGGAUGAUGUAUUGUCAGCUGUAUUAACAUUAUGUACAAAGCUAGAAUCGUAUAAUGCAUGGCAUGGCGCAUGUCUAGCUCUGGCUGAACUUGGUCGUCGCAGCCUUCUUUUGCCAUCGAAGCUUUCAGAAGCAGCAAGUAACAUCAUUUGCAGUACUGGUUUGCUUAGGGUAUAUAAAAUAAUUCCAGUUGUUUUGCGAGCUUUAUUUUUUGAUGAUCGUUCUGGUGAUCAUAAAUAUGGGUCUAAUGUCCGAGAUGCCGGGUGCUAUGUUUGCUGGGCAUUUGCAAGGGCGUACCAUCCCAAGGAUUUCGUGGACUAUGUGGUUCCUAUAGCUACUGCUUUGGUCCUUGUUAGUUUGUUCGAUCGAGAAGUCGGAGUACGUCGUGCUGGAGCCGCUGCAUUUCAAGAAAACGUGGGUCGACAGGGUCAGUUUCCGCAUGGGAUAGAAAUCCUAACCACAUGUGAUUAUUUCAGCGUUGGGUGUCGUGCUCAAUGUUAUUUGGAAUUGAGUGUAUCUGUGGCCAAAUACCAAGAAUAUGUAAAGCCUAUGAUUGAUCAUCUAGUCACUGUACGUCUUGGACAUUGGGAUAACUCAAUUAGGUAUCUGGCGGCUUGUGCUCUAGGUAAUCUAUGCCCAUUUGAUCCAAGUUAUAUGAUUGAAAAAGUUUUACCUGAAUUGAUUAAUGGGUCACUAAAAUCAACUCUCUAUAACCAACAUGGAUGUAUAUUUGGGACGGGAGAAUUGGUAUAUGGAUUAUCCAGUUACACUCUGAGUGAAGCGAAUUUGUUCGGCAUCAAACAAAUUGUUCCCACUUUAAUAAACACCAAUAAAUUUCGUGGUGUAAGUGGUGAAUUAAUUCGCAAAGCAACUGCUCACUUAAUUCAAAAAUGUUCAAUGGCCAAACUUCCUUUCCAUGAUGAUCCAAUUGUGGAAGUUUGGCGUGAGUUUUUGGACGACUGUGUUGGAAACAAAAACUUGGAAGUUCAGAAAGCUGCUGUAAACGCGUAUCCCUACUUCUUGUCAACUUAUUUGUACAAUCACGUAGGUGAACUGAAAGAUGACUAUAAAGAUCUACUUUACAGAAACCUCCUGCUACACUUAAAUACAAACUCAGAGUCUGAAGUGUCUGGUUACUUACAAAUUGUGGGUGCUGCUCCAUCUAGUCUGUACUGUGGACAUGUUGCAGAUUUAUUGGAUACAGUUAUUCGUGCUUGUCGACCAUCUUCAAAGACGAAAUUUUGGGUUGAUUCUCGUGAAUCUGCUUUAAAAGCCAUUGUGGACAUUCUGAAAAACCUUGGAUCACACCAUGCAGAAGUGAACAUAACACUUUUGAAAUGUAUAAUGCCUGUGUUACUUCAUUCUCUUUCCGACUACACAACGAAUGCUCGUGGUGAUGUAGGUUCUCUUGUUCGUGAAGUUGGAAUGAAGUGUUUGGAGUCGUACAUUGAUUUCCUCCUCAACAGUCAAUACAAAGAUCUUAUUACACCAGAUGUGAUUGAAGAAGUUAUGAUUGGUAUAGCACAGCAAGCUGUGGAAAAAAUUGAUCGAACACGAGGUGUAGCAGGUGAAGUAUUCGCUUCUUUGCUUCAUCAUGACCCUCCAAUUGAUCAAAUACCUAAUUUUGAGGAAUUAAAACAAAUUUUUCCAAAAUCUGAUUGUGACGAUAUAAUAUGGAGAUCGCCUAAUUUAACUUUUCCACGUUUCACAAAGUUAUUGGAUUUUCCAAAGUAUCGUUAUCGUUUAAUUCUAGGCUUAAUUGUUAGUGUCGGUGGGUUAACAGAAUUAACGGUUCGAUACGGUACUGAAGCCUUAAGUAAAUAUCUACUUGAUCAUGAAUUGGACCAACCAUUUAUCACUGAAAUUUUGGAAAUUGUUGAACGUAUCCUGGAGUCGUUUUCUCAAGAGGAAAGGAUUAUUUUGCCAUUGUUCAAAUUUCUGGACUUUUUACUCAAUGAUCCAAUUGUUAGCUCAGCAAUUGACGAAAAAAGUCCAAUUCUUUUAAAAUUGAUCGAAAACAUCUGGAAUGAGAUUAAAUCUACGAAUAACAUACAACGGAUUAAAGCUGGCAUUGAAGUAUUCGGCGGGAUGUUACAAUUUGAUGGCCCUGUUCGAAGGAAAGCUUUAUCAUUGAUGAUGUUCACUUUAGGAUUUCGUUACCCAGUUAUUCGUAAAGCAACAGCAACUGAAUUGUAUGAAUGUCUCAUGGUUUAUGAAUUAUGUAAACCAGAAUUAUCUCAUCAACUAUCGUCUAUACUUAUUGAAACAAUAUGGGAAUCUGAACUAGAAGUAGUAAGACCGAUUCGUAAUCAAGUCUGCGAUCUGCUUCAAGUUCCCUUUCCGAAAGUGUUGCGUGAAAAUCAAAACGAUCAAACAACGCAGUCAACAGUGGUUAGUGAAAGCUCUACUACAAAGGUGGUUGUUAGUGAUGUACCUCAUGCUUUGCCGUGAUUAGUUUGCAACUAUCAUAAGAAAGAUUUAAGAUGCAGAAUAUAAUUCUCCUCUGUUUUGUAUAAAAUCUAUUUAUUUCUUAAUUUUACAACCCAUGUUUUGUUUCAAUGGAAACGUCGUACUGCUGAGAAUAUAUCGUGAAAAAAUCCUAUGAGUCUUCUGUUAACAAGCAACAUGAAGCGCUAAAGCUGGAGGUCUAUGUCCCGUCACACGGUUCAGAUUAAUGGUCCGAGAUUUCGUAUAGUGAUG